CAGAUCUGAUGAUUUUUUGGAUGUUCUGAUAUUUAACAGCUUCUAGUUUUUAAUAUAAAUGAAGAACACGUUAUCUCAUGUGAGAGCAGCUAAUAUUAGCUGCAUGUUAUUUACCUGUAAGAUGAUUAAUUAGCAGCACCUGAGAUUUAGUGACAUUGUAUAAAAUGUUUAUAUACUUCUAAAAAAAAAAAGUCCACGUGUUAAAAGAUCAUGUAUGUUUGUGUUUUAGCAUCACGAAUAAAAAUAUCUGCUGAUUUUUUUCUGAGGUUCAGAUAAAACAUUUUAUCGUCCCUUCGUGGUGGAGCAGGAAGUCCGCACGUCUUUGACGUGGCAACCGGGACUUGAAGGCUAGUUGGGUUAGGAAGGACAUCCAGUGUAAAGAUGGGUCCGAACAGGAAGGUGGACGUUCCGGUGUACGAUCUGUCUCUGAUCCGGGGAAUCUGGGAGGUUCGAGUCAAGAAACAGAGACACAGACAGAAGAAGGAGCAGGAGAGAAUGGAAAAGAGCGCCCUCGCCAGGAUUGAUCAGCAGUGGCAGUAUCGUAUCUACUGUAAGACAAUGAAGACCAAAGAGCUGAAUCAGCUGCAUCAUUACCUGGAGAGAUCCAUGCUGACUGAUAUACAGCCAUACAUGGGAUGUAUGGACCAGAAUACAGAAGUCCAGCAGCAGGAUCAGAUGGUCCAGCAGGAUGAAAACCAUGCAGAUAAGAAGAAUCUGACCUUCCAGCUGGAAGGAGAGCGCUGGAUGGACUUUCCCCGGGAGCUGCAGUGGAUGACCUACCUGCAGGAGUGGCACAUCCAAAGGACACGGAUCCGACAGCUGCCGGACUUCCUGGCUCUGUUCACCCAGCUUACUGUGCUCGAGAUUCCCAAAAACUUCAUCACAGAGCUGCCGCCAGAGAUUGGAAAGCUGACCGAGCUCAGGAGGCUGAACGUCAGCUACAACCGUCUGUCCAGAGUUCCUCCAGAGCUCGGAGAAUGUGAGAAGCUGGAGAGACUGGACCUGGCAGGGAACCACAACCUGUUUGGGCUGCCGUUUGAGGUGAGGACGCAGGUGUUCAGACCAUCCAACCUUCUUUUAACAAGUCACUGGAGGCUCCAGCAAACUCAGCGUUUUUAUCUGCAGCUCAGCAGCCUGAAGCAGCUGGUCCACCUGGACAUCUCGGAGAACAGGUUUGUCUCCAUCCCCAUCUGUGCUUUGAGGAUGACCAGCCUGCAGCUGCUGGAUCUCAGCAAUAACCAUCUAACCGACCUGCCGCAGGACAUGGACAGGCUGGAGGAGCUCACCACCCUGUAUGUCCAUAAGAACAACUUGUCUUACCUCCCACUGUGUCUCUCCAACAUCUCCACCCUGAAGAUGAUUGUUGUCAGCGGCAACGAGCUGACCUGCGUUCCGACCAAACUGUGCAACGACCCAGAAAUCAAGUUUAUUCGUCUGUACGACAAUCCUUCCAGCGAGAAGAAGAGGAUGGAGAAAGAGGAGAAGAAACGGAAAGAGAAAGAAAAGAGGAGGUGGACGGAGCAGAAGGAGGAGGUGAAGGACAGCAGCGAGAAAGAGUUUAUGGAGGCGUACAUCAGUACGUUGAAGGACAGAGACACCGUCCCCUUCUCCACCACCAAGGUGUCCAUCUCCUGUCUGCUGUGAGGAAGACGAAGAUUCCAACCUGGUGUGAGAGGCGCAAAGAUGACCUGGAUCCUGGAUGAGGCGCUCUGCAAUGGAGGUUCUGCAGAGUCCAGAAAAAGCUGCUGAAUGUGUGCUGCUUCAGGGUGAAGGUUACCAGGGGUUAAAAACGUCAAGUCGUCUCUGGUUUGGUUUGAUUACGGUUCAAAUAAUUCCUGAAGUUAAAAUAAAUGAAAGUGGGAGACGGACGCUGAUGAUUUAAUCAGGAAUCAAACAUAAUUUCAAAUGACAAAGUUCCUGAGAAUCCCAGUGGCUUCAAUUUCAGAAAACGUUCUCAACGACAUACAACAAAGUAGCAAAUUAUUUUAUCAUUUAAUUAAUUAUGCCACCUUGAAUGAAAUUUGAGGAUUUUUGUAACAAUAGAAUCGGCACCAAACUACUUUUUAUCAUCUUGAAACAGAAUUAAGAAUCUGCAAAGUUUAAAAAAACUGAAAUUUAAAUAAAGUUUACAUAAAAAUGUCAAAUGGAAAAACAUCCUGAUCAUUUAAAAAAAUGUUUGUUUUAUGAAGUUUUAAAAAUAAAAACAUAAAUUUGUUCUAAAAUGAAACAAUAAAUCCCAGGUGGAGUUCCUGUCCGUCACGUUGAUCUUUAAUGAAUCGGCUGCUGCAGAGAACGUUCUCUGGGUUGAACUUUGACCCCUGCAGGCUGAUGUUUUCUGCUUUGUUUAAAUAUUUAGGCUGAAUUUAAAGUUGUGACCAAAUAGAAAAGCAGCAGAAAUAUUUGACAGAUUUAAUUGAAAGGUUUUACAGCGUUUGAUGAGCUGAUGCAUUCUGGAUGUAUCUACAUGACCUUAGUCUGACCUCUUUUUGUGUUGAAGUUUUUAGUUAUUUCUGAGAUGAAAUUUAUAUUUUUUACAUUUUAUGUUUUACUUUAAAGCCUAAAAAGUUUCUAUUUUCAGCUUCCAGGAGCUUCUGUGGCUGAAAUCUUUACAUCUGAUUUUAUUCCGACAUGUUUUAUUUUAGCUUCCUGUAAAUCUGAAAAGUAUUCUGAUCUUCAGCUGUUCUUGAGGUUCCUGUAGUUUGAUGCAAUGAUUUCCUGAAUAAAACUGGUGUUUAACUUUUAA